AUGAUCAGUCAUUACGAAGGAGAUUUGAAAUUUAAGCUUUUAAAAAAAAUUGAUUACAAUAUUGAAUUAAAGGAUGUUUUUAGAUCAGGUGAUGAAGCAAUUGAGAGUAUGAAUACUGAUAAAGAUUUUGAGAUAGAAUCUAUGAGUGAUUAAGAUAAUUGCAUAGAUUAGCAAAUGGAAAGCAAGAUUAAUGAGAAAUUAGUUUAAAAGCAGUAUGGUAUCAGAGAAGUUAUGAAAUACUAUGGCCCUAAAAGACUUGUAGCGUUAUCUUUCAUUAGCACUUUCUUUGGCGCUUUUGGAUUUCCAUUAAAUGGAAUGAUGUUUGCAAAAAUAUUUACAAUCAUGUUGAGGCCGGAAUCACCCACUUAUAUAGCUGAUAGAAACUUUUGGUGCUCACUAUAUACAAUUUUGGCUGUUUUAAUUGGAAUUUUCGAAUUCUUGAAUAAGAGAAACGGAAAAGUCCUCAAUGAAAAUCUUAUUUACAAUAUACGAACAAAGCUUUAUUAGAGCAUUCUCAGGAAGAAUUUAGGUUGGUUUGAUCGCUAAGAAAGAGCACCUGGUGUUUUAAGUAAUUUAUUUUCUGAGGAAGUUAAUUAUCUAAAUGGUCUAACAAGUGAAUUCUACUAUAGUAUUUUAGAUGCAUCUAUGUGCAUGGUAAUAGGAUGCUGCUUAUCAUUUUAAAUCAACUGGAGAAUAGCAUUAGUCAGUCUUGUUACUUGCCCUGUAAUGUUGUUUACAGGUUUCGCUUAGCACAUUAUAGUCCAUUUAAGUGCUAAAAAUUCAAAUAAAUAAGGAAAUAAACAGAUAAGUAUAAAAGAUCCUUAUAAUAAAGCUAAUGCCUUAUUGUCAGAUGUGAUUCUAAAUUACAAAACAAUAAUAAGUUUUGGGCCUAAAAACAUUGAUUACCUAAUUAAGAUUUAUGGUGAUUUACUGCUACAUCCUUAUAAAAUGGGAGUAAGAAACGCUCACAUUUCAGGUUUUCUAAAUGGAUAUGCAAUUAGUGCCAGAUACCUUUAUAUUGCAUUCAUAUUCUAGAUAACUGGCAUCUUUAUAGAGCAGUACAAUUACGACCCAUUAGAUAUGUUUGUUGCUAAUUAUACGGUAUAUAUGGCAGCUUUUGGAGCUGGAUUCACUUUAUCCUAAUUACCCUCACUAUCAUAAGCAAAAUCAGCUGCUAAUAAAAUUUUUGACAUCUUAAAUGAGAAUUAAGGAAAGGAUAAUCAGGAAGCAGACAAUUUUGUGAUUAAGCAAGGAAUAAUUGAAUUUAGGGAUGUUGUAUUUUAGUAUCCAUCAAGAACUGAAAAAGUCUUAAGAAAACUUAGUUUUUAGGUGCCUGAAGGAAUGAAGAUAGCAAUAGUUGGAAGAUCAGGAAGUGGCAAGAGCACUGUUGCUAAUCUCUUGCUGAAAAUGUAUGACAUUUAGGAUGGCCAAAUUUUAAUAGAUGGAGUAGAUAUAAAAACUAUAGAUACUAAAAAUCUAAGAACUUAAAUUGGAUACGUUAUGCAAGAACCUAUUUUAUUUAACCUGACAAUCAAGGAAAACAUUCAAUAUGGCAAAUAAGAAGCUACAAAUCAGGAAAUUUUAGAAGUUGCAAAUUAAGCAAAUGCACUAUAAUUCAUUGAAAAAAUUCAAGAAGAUAAUCUAGAGAUAGAAUAACUUUCAAUCAAUGGAAGAAAAAUUAGUGAUUAAGACUAAUAUAGCCCUUUAGUAUCAAAACUUCACCCUGGAUUUGAUAAGAUUUGCGGCCUUAAAGGCUCAAUGCUUUCAGGAGGCUAGAAAUAAAGAAUAGCAAUCGCAAGAGCUUUGAUUAAGAAUCCAAAAAUAUUAAUUCUUGAUGAAGCUACCUCUGCUCUUGAUGAAUAAUCUUAGAAUAUUGUAUAAUAGGCUCUUGACAAAGCAAUGGAAGGAAGGACUAGCAUAGUGAUAGCUCAUAGAUUAAGCACUAUUAAGAAUUGUGAUUGGAUAUUAGUUAUUCAUAAGGGUAAGGUAGUUGAGUAGGGCACUUAUAAAGAACUCGCAGAAAAUAAACAAACUUACUUUUUCAAACUUAAAUCAGGGAUGGAAAUGUGA